UUGCGUCCCCGAGUGGAGGCCGGGCGCGCGUGGCGAUGUGGCGGCUGCUGGCCCGAGCAGGCGGGGGGCCGCUGCGGCGGGGGCCCUGGUCAGAUGCUUGGGCAGCCCCGUCCGCCAGAGCUGGCCUGAAGACGCUGCUGCCGGUGCCAAGUUUUGAAGACAUUUCCAUUCCUGAAAGACCCAAACUUAGAUUUGUGGAAAGGGUACCACUUGUGCCCAAAGUAAGAAGAGAACCUAAAAACCUGAAUGACAUCCGUGGACCUUCCACUGAAGCUACUGAAUUCACGGAGGGCAAUUUUGCCAUCUUGGCACUGGGCGGUGGUUACCUCCACUGGGGCCAUUUUGAAAUGAUGCGCCUGACAAUCAACCGGUCUAUGGACCCCAAGAACAUGUUUGCCAUAUGGCGGGUACCAGCCCCUUUCAAGCCCAUCACCCGCAAGGGUAUCGGGCAGCGCAUGGGGGGUGGCAAAGGUGCCAUUGAUCACUACGUGACCCCUGUGAGGGCUGGCCGCCUCGUGGUAGAGAUGGGAGGACGGUGUGAAUUCAAAGAGGUAGAAGGUUUCCUGAACCAGGUUGCCCACAAGCUGCCUUUCCCAGCGAAGGCUGUAAGCCGCGAGACCCUAGAGAAGAUGCGGAAAGAUCAAGCGGAAAGAGAACGGAACAAUCAAAACCCUUGGACUUUUGAGCGCAUAGCCACUGCCAACAUGCUGGGGAUACGCAAAUACCUGAGCCCUUAUGACCUGACCCAGAAGGGGCGCUACUGGGGCAAGUUUUACCUGCCCAAUCGUGUGUAGUGCGAGCAUGAGGAAUAAAAAUACACAGGCUACUGAAA